AUGAUAUACCACAACAAUAGUGAAAUAGUAAAUAGAAGAUGGUUGUUUUUAGGUUGUUCAUCAUUAACAUCAAUUAAUAUACCAACAUCAAUUAGUAAAAUAGGAGCUGAUUGUUUUUAUGAAUGUUCAUUAUUACCAUUUAUUAAUAUACCAACAUCAAUUGGUGAAUUCAAAAUUAAUUGUUUUGCAUGGUGUUAUUUAUUAACAUCAAUUGACAUUCCAACAACAAUUAGUAAAAUAGGAAGAUCUUGUUUUAGAGAAUGUAUAUCAUUAAAAUCAAUUAACAUUCCAUCAACUGCUAUUGAAAUAGAAGAGUGUUGUUUUUAUGGAUGUUCAUCAUUAACAUCAAUUAAUAUACCAUCAUCAAUUAUUAAAUUAAAAGAUGAAUGCUUUAGUGGAUGUAAAUCAUUAAAAUCAAUUAUCAUUCCUUCAUCAAUUAGGAUUAUGGGAAAUGAUUGUUUUAAAGAAUGUUAUUCAUUGAUAUCAAUUAAUAAAUUUUGA